AUGGCAGGAGCCAAGGGCUCGAACGCCCUCAUUCAACAGCUUCUGGAGGCAGAGGAGGAGGCCGACACGAUCGUCAACAAAGCAAAGGAAAACCGAGUGAAGAUGCUUAAGGACGCACGCUUCAGCGCUGAGGAGGAGCUGAAGGUGUUCCGCGCCAAAGAAGAAGAGCGGUUCAAGGCGGAAUUCGAACAGACAGCGGGGCAAGAAGACUCUCUUGUGUCGAGCUUGGAGGCAAAAACGAAAGGCGAGAUCGAGGGCAUCAAACAAGACUAUAUGGAGAACAAAGACAAACUCAUCGAUUUUAUUCAUAGAAAGGUCAUGGACGUUGAUCUUACGUUGGAUACUGAGAUGAUUGCUGUGCUACGCACCUGCGACAAACGAGGCGUGACUCCGUAA